CUCGUGCGGGUUCAACAGUAGGGGCGAAGGGGAGGGGCUUGCGCAGGCGCAACUCAGCCUCUUCUGAGAGUGUUGUGGGGGGGGGGAGCGACGGAGGGCGCCAUCUUGGUGGUUGCUGCGCCGGGAACUGCGGGGAGCGGGGCUCGGCGCGGAGCCUGUCCUAGUGGCGCGUCCGUUAAGUUGAUUUUACAGAAUUUAUCAGGUCUUCAAAGCAGAAACAGGUGAUUUUUGCUGUGGGUUGAGCUCAGCAUGGCUGUAGUCAUCCGUUUACAGGGGCUUCCUGUUGUUGCGGGUCCUGCAGAUAUUCGUCGUUUCUUCUUGGGAUUGAAUAUUCCUGAUGGAGGUGUGCAUAUUAUUGGAGGAGAGAUUGGGGAGGCUUUUAUUAUAUUUGCAACAGACGAAGAUGCACGGCGUGCCAUGAGCUGUUCAGGAGGGUUUAUCAAGGACUCGCGCAUAGAGCUUUUUCUCAGCAGCAAGGCAGAAAUGCAGAAUACCAUAGAAAUGAGCCGGAAACGAUUUGACCGUGGGGGACGAGAAACUAUGUCGGGCUCUAGAAGAACAGGUACUAAUGGUUCUGGUGCAUCGGGUGUUGGAGACAUUCCACAUUUAGUCACGGCUUUUCCAAAAGGAAUAAAUAAACCUGGUUAUGGUCCACCAAAUCAUCCGGAGGCUGGUUUCCAUACCAACGGCACAAGACAUGGUGAUAUAGGUGUACCUAAAUCAAGCUAUCAGUCAAGAAAGGAUUCUCAUCUGUUUAACCCGGAUGAUCUUUACUUAUUUCUACGUGGUAUACCCUACUCUGCAACAGAAGAUGAAGUACGUGCUUUCCUUUCUGGGAUACAUGUGGAUGGAGUGAUUCUGAUAAAGCAUCGCAAUGGUUUAAACAAUGGUGAUUGCUUGGUAAAAUUUGCUACGCCUGGUGAUGCCUUAGAAGCACUUAAACGUCAUAGACAAUACAUGGGUCAGAGGUUUAUAGAAAUUAGCCCAACUACAGAGGAACGGUGGAUUGAAUAUGGUGGGAGGGUAGACAUUCCAAAUGAAAUCGAUCACUUUUUGUGUGAAGACCAUUCUCCAAGAAGUUCAGGCUACAUGCAUUCAAGGAAGCAUUCUCAUUCAAGAUCACCAAGGAGACAAAGAACACGUUCUCGUUCAUCUUCCCACCAGGAAUAUUACAUACAUUUAAGAAAUCUAUCUACUAAUCUGGAGAAGAGAGAUUUGAGAGCUUUUUUUCCUGAUCUGGAUAUAUGCAGCAAACAAAUCAAGCUUCUAACAGAUAAGCAUCAGAGGAGGACUAGAGAUGCCUUUGUGAUGUUAAGGAGUGAGCGAGAUUAUCAGGCUGCUUUGGAAUGUCAUAGAAAGGUUCUUCUCAAUCGUCCUGUUUACAUUUUUCCCAUUUCAAGAAAGUCAAUGUUGAAAAUAAUUGAUUCUUGUGAGAGGAAAAGGUCACAAGACAGAGAUCAUCCUGGACAGGCCAUACCAGAAAAAAGUUAUCGGGAAGGUCAUUCUGGCCCUAAGACGUGUGUUUAUGUAAGGAAUUUUCCAUUUGAUGUGUCAAAAAUCGAAGUGCAAAAGUUCUUUGCGAGAUUUGAUAUUGAUGAGGAUGAUAUUUACUUGCUUUAUGAUGACAAAGGACUUGGGCUGGGAGAAGCAUUAGUGAAGUUUAAAUCUGAAGAGCAAGCCAUGAAAGCAGAAAAUUUAAAUCGUCGAAGAUUUUUGGGAACGGAGGUAUUAAUAAGACUUAUAUCUGAAGAGCAGAUGCAGAAGUUUGGUGUAACUGUACCAUUGUCUGCACCAAAUGAAAUGCAGGGUCAUUCACAUCCAUAUGACAGAGGUGAGCUUUCCCGUCCAGUUGGUUCACCAUCUGGGCCACCACAGGGGCCACCCAUGCAUUCAUUUGGUCCCCCUGGGAACUUUAGGCAUCCUUCUGAAUUUAGGCACCCCCCUGAGGACUUCAUGUGCCCUCCUAAGGAUUUUAGAGGUCCGCCACCCCUGAUGGAUUUUGGUGGUGACAGUGAACCUUUUGGCAGAAUGGAGUUUGGGAAUAAUAAAAUGGGAAGUUUUCCUGAAGGAAGAUUUAUGCCAGAUCCAAAUUUCAGUGGUGGUUCUGAUCGUGUUGUUCCUAUUCGAUUAAAAAAUUUACCUUUUAAAGCUACUCCUAAUGAGAUUCUGGAUUUUUUCUAUGGCUACAGAGUGAUACCAGAGUCAGUUUCUGUACAGUACAACGAACAAGGAUUACCUUCAGGUGAUGCCAUCGUUGCUAUGACAAACUAUGAGGAAGCUAUGGCUGCUAUUAAUGAACUGAAUGAUAGGCCAAUUGGUCCACGGAAAGUUAAGUUGAGCUUGCUGUGAAGGAGGAAAAGAUGCUCUAGAAUAAAACAUUCUAGAUUUGACAGUAUUGACAGUUAUUUUCACUUUUUUAAUUACUGGAAGAUGCAGAAGAAACGGUUUCCAUCAACGGUUGUAAAUAAUACCUAGUUCAGUUGUUUAGCUCUUGGUUGAAAUAUCUGUAUGGUUAAGAUAUGAGAACUGUAUUGUGCCUACUUCUUGUGGCAGAGAAGAGCCCAGAAAUUCUGGAGGACAUUGAAUGUCUUACAUCGAGGUAUAAAGGCAUGGAGUUGUAAUGCUUUGGGUUUUUUUUAGUUUGCUUUAAUUCCAUGUCCUAUGACUUUGCAUCAAAUAAAAAUGUAAGUGCUGGUUGACUGACCACCUAAACGGUUCAAAUAGAAGAACUUCAGUGCUACCUGCAUUAGUAAAUAACACUUCUUACUGAGGUUAGCUUAAUAAAAUUAGAAAAUAACUGAUUUUUUUUUUUUUUUUUUGUGUAAACUGUUCAGGUUUUGUUCAGUUUCAUGUGUUUGCAGGUAUUCCUAUUAAAACAAGAAAAAAGAGCUUCCUGUUCACAUUAGCUGGCUUUGCAACUUUUUUAAAAUAAAAAAUAAAUUGUCAUUAAA